AGAGCAGGGAGAACAGAAAAGAAAGACGCUGUGGAAGGAGAGGCGUCCGUCUCAAAGGUCAGAUCAGGAUGUUUGUUCUCAUCUGGGUGACUCUGCUCUGCUCAGUGACAGGCAGCAGCGCUGACACAGGUACAUCUGGGAUGACCACACCAGUCUGUCUAUAUGGAUUCUGUAUUUCACUCAGUGAAGAAGAAAUAACAGCAGAGGCUGGACUCUGUACUGUCAUUCACUGCUCUUUCUCUACUGUCUUUGAGUCUAUCACAGAUGCAGUUUGGUAUAAAUGUGAUCAGUCUAAAAGAAGAUGUGGUGAAUCUGACAUAAUAUUCCACUCCUCGAACCAAAACAAAAUUCAGCCAGGCUUCAGAGGUCGAGUAUCACUGUUGGAGCCUAACCUCUAUAAGGGAAACUGCAGCAUCGACAUCAGUGACCUGGACCAGUCGGAUUCUGGAUCAUAUCAGUUCAGAGUGAAUGGUUUGAUUAACCAGCGGUAUGACGGGUUCACAUUUAGUCCCAGAGCGUCUGUCUCUGUUAAAGCCCUGACCCAGAAGCCCACAGUGGAGGUUCCUGCUCUGACUGAGGGACAACAGACCACACUGACCUGCACCGCUCCUGGUCUCUGCUCUGGAUCUGAUCCAAUCAUCACCUGGACAUGGAGACGAUCUGCAGAGGAUGACUCUUACAUCACAGGAAACAUCACCACCACUCAUGGACGCAACUCCUCUUUGACCUUUACCCCUUCAGCCAAACACCACAGCACUGAGGUCACCUGUAAGGUCAACUUCAGAGGCAACACGAGCACACAGGAGACGGUGACGCUAAAUUUGACCUGUUUUGCGCAGGAGAAUGGAGGCUUUUCAGCGAUUCCUUUGACUGUCACUGUUGUUUCUCUAAUUGUGAACAUCCUUCUCAUCGUCUGCCUCAUAUUCCUUUGGAGCUCAAGAAAAAAGAUGAAGCAAAAUCAAGAAGACAAAACUUAUGUGUGUCUGAGAAAAAGAGACAUUUCACCUGAUUAUGAUGUUGUUGCCCAACAAGUGUCAGCUUCUGUGGACUGAAGAGGUUUGACUCUGUCCUGACUCCGGCCCCCACCCUCUCAUGUCCCUCCUCUCACCCCUCCAGAACACCAGCCCCCCUCUGCUGAUCCCACCAUCACCUCUGCCCCUCACACAACUGUCUACGCCCCCCAUCACAGAGGACCCCUCCAGUCAUCUCCCACUCCCCUCUCCAUCACUAUGGACCAGAUGAGGAGGGAGUUCAAGAAGACGAAGGCCAGGCCUGGACGGCAUCAGCUCCAGGCUGCUCAGGGAAUGUGCAGACCAGCUCAGUGAGGUGGUUCUGGACCUGUUCAACCUGAGCCUCAGUCUGGAGAGUCACAGUCCUGUGGAAGACCUCCUGUGUGAGCUGAACCUCUACAGACCUGUCACCUUGACCUCCCACCUCCUGAAGACCACAGAGAGGAUCAUCCUGGUCCACCUCCCAGGUGAGCUCUGUGCUGGACCCUCUGCAGUUCACCUACCGUCCAGGCACUGGGGUGGAUGACACCAUCAUCUACCUGCUGCACCAGGCCCAUUCUCACCUGGAGACCCCUGGGAAGGGGAGGACAUGUGUGGAACUGUGGGUGUGGAGUGUGUGGGUUAGUGUUUACCUAUUAAACUGUUAUGCAGGUCUCCUAAUGUGGGCCUAUGAAGGACAGAUGGGCCUUUAAUCCAAAGGCUGAGCAACACCACUCAUACCACGUGGUCGGUGGAUUUAAAAUAAGGUCUUUUGGAGUGUGGAGCCUCUUUUAUACACAGUUAUAUUCAUCUUAUCAAACCUGAUUAAAUGAUUGGUUUAUUGUCAUAAUUUGCUGUAUGGGGGUUUAAUUUGAGUGGGGGGUCUGCAGGUUGCCUUCCAAGAAAUUUGGAGCAUCCUUUUGUGCCUUGUUGUUCAUUUUAUUAACUCAUUUGUGUCAUUAGUUUAUGGUGGAAAUGACUUGAUUUAUGAAAAGAAUAAAUUCAGUCACCUGAGUCUGAAUCCCAUUCCCCUGGACCCUAACAGACAUAAAAUGUCUAAAACACAGCUACAAGUUCAAAAAGGAUCAACCUGCAGCCCCUCCUAUAGUAGACACAGAAAAAUUCCACAGUUGUCUCCCCAACUCAUGAACUGGAUAAACUUGUGCUGUCUGUCAUACAGUGGGCUGCCAGUUUUCCACAAUAUACACUUUUGCAUGUCUGAUUUAAUGCAUUCAACAAUACAAUCCAUUCAUUUUCAACACAUCUCACGUAGAGUCCCCAGGAGCAAACACUCUGUUGGGAGGAUUAUGAGUAUGGUUUUAACCAGCUCUAAAUGUAAAGGCUCAUGAGAUAACUUUUGUUAUGA